UCUGCUUUCGAAUUGGAGAGGCGCUGACUGUUGCAGAUGGAGAGAAGUGGGUUGCAGCAAAAAGGCCGGAAACGUAAUCAAACUCAGCAUUGGUCGCCUAACCGAUGGUUUCUGCUCAGCCUUAGCAGCAGUCUCGUUCAUCUCAAUCUCUCUUCUUGCUCAAUGAACGGGCCAUUUCCUCGUUCCUUGAAGAACUUGACCUCUCUCAGAGUUCUUGAUCUCUCCUAUAACUAUUUCAAUGGGUCCCUUCCAAAGAGUCUCGGCAACCUCUCUCAGCUGGAAGCCUUAGAUCUCACUGGCAAUUUCUUACGUGGGUCUAUCCCUGGAAUACUCCAGCACCUCUGCAAUUUGCGCAGCUUACUGCUCUCACGCAAUUAUUUAUCUGGGGACAUGUCUCGUAUGCUAGAAGGUGAAACAAGAUGCAAGAGAUUUACUUUGGAGGAAUUGGAUUUGUCGUUUAACCAACUAAAUGGGAGCUUACCUGAUUGGGUUUGGCAAAUGCAACACCUGAGCACACUCGAUCUUUCUUAUAACACGUUGGAUGGCGUUAUUUCAGAUACUCAGCUUGCCAAUAUGACAAAACUGAAGAAAUUGUCGCUUUCUGGUAACGGGUUGAUUUUUAACAUGAGCUCCGCUUGGGUGCCUCCUUUCAAGCUAAACACUAUAGAUUUGAGAUCUUGCAGAAUGGGUCCUCGGUUUCCUAUAUGGCUUCGGACACAAAGAGGAUUUCAGUAUUUGGACAUAUCCGAUGCAUUUAUUAUCGAUAAGAUCCCCAGUUGGUUUUGGGAUGCAUCUUAUGCAGUUGAUUACUUGAAUUUAUCAUAUAACAAGAUAAGUGGUGAUAUUCAUACGUCGGUGAAAUUUCUUAGAGCCACGACCAUCGACAUAUGCGUCAAUCUGUUUCAAGGAAAACUGCCUUCACUGAACUCUAAUGUAAAGAAUAUUUUUCUGGAUGACAACUUAUUUUCAGGAGAUACUCAACCAAUCUUAAAUGCAGAAAUGCUGAAUUUGAGGGAUGUUACAAUUUCACAAAACCUUCUGUCCGGUGAAAUUCCCUCAGCUAUAUGCAACUUUUCAUCCAUGCAACUCCUCGACCUCUCUAGCAACAACAUAUCAGGAAAUAUUCCGGAAUGUCAGUCCAACAAAGAUUCGCCACCGUCACCUUAUGUUAUAAAUUUGGCAAACAAUUACCUCCAUGGUUCAAUUCCUCCGUGGAUGGCGGGUCCAGUUCCUCAAUUGACAGCUGAAUCCCAUUUGACAGAAUUACGUCUGAACAAUAACAGUUUCGAUGGUGAAAUCCCUUCUUUCUUGAGAUAUUGUAACCGUAUGACUAUACUUGAUCUUGGAGAAAACAAGUUAACUGGGAAAAUACCAUCAUGGAUUGGAGAGGGUCUUUCAUCUCUGAAAUUUCUUCGCUUGCGCUCAAAUAUGUUAACGGGCAAAAUCCCACAACAACUAUCAUAUCUUACUUCUCUUCAAAUGUUGGACCUGGCGCAAAAUAAUCUAUCAGGAACCAUACCGAAUUCAUUUAAGAAUUUUAGUGCAAUGACCAAAGUAAAUAGGACAGUAGAAGGUAUCAUCAGCUAUAGAGAUGGUGCAUCUCCUUCUGUGGAAAUUGCAUCUUCAAAAUUUGAAGAGAUAAUAGAGGUGGAAAUAAAAGGGAGACAACUUGACUACACAAAAACACUCUCUCUGGUUAUGGUCCUCGAUCUUUCAUGCAAUAACUUAUCUGGAGAAAUCCCGAUAGAACUGAUGGACCUCAUCGGUUUGCAGAGCUUGAACUUAUCAAAGAACCAGUUGGAGGGAUAUAUUCCUGAUAAGUUUGGCGGCAUGGCACAACUGGAAGCUCUUGACCUGUCGAUGAACCACUUAUCCGGAAAAGUUCCUGGGAGCAUAGUUUUAUUGACCGCAUUAAGUUACCUGAAUCUUUCUCAUAAUGACUUGUCAGGUAGAAUUCCAUCAGGCAACCAGAUUCAGACUCUCACAGAUCCAUCCAUUUAUGCUGGAAACAGUGAUCUUUGUGGAUCCCCGCUACCCAGAUGCCCAGGCGAUGAACACUCCAGGGUUCCAACUCAAGGUGCAGAUGCUGAAGAUGAAGACGGCGAUUCAGAUAUGUUCGAGCUGUAUCUCGGUAUGGGCAUAGGAUUUGCCGUCGGGUGGUGGGUUAUCUGCGGAGCAUUUAUUUUUAAGAACUCUUGGCGGGUUGCAUGUUUUCAGUACUACGAUGAUAUGGAAAACAGUUUUAUUGUGACAAUGGAUACUUUACGAAGAAGGCCGACAUUGAGCAACUUCAGGGUCACGGACGAAGGGCGAGUUACUAAUAUUAUACAUUGA